UGUUCAUUCCCCAGUCGAUGAUUUACAAUUAUAUCGGCGAUUAGAUUACGUCUUUCAGAUGCCAUUCCAAUCGGACUACGGGUCUCGCUCUUCGGGGAUAAAUAUUACUCGAUUGGGACUUAAUACCCAACCGAAAGUCAAGUACAGGAUCGAUAUCGAAUAGUUAGAGCCGGACGCGACCCGGCAUUAGCUAAACGUCAUGGACGGAGAAUACGGAUGAUAGGUGUGCCGAACGGUAGAGAUGCGGCGGGGUGAUGUAUGAUGGCCUAUAUAAACGGCUUCUCUCGCCAGUGUUGAAUGUCUUGCUAUUCUCAUAUUUCAUCGCAUCUCAAGAUUCACAUCUCACAUCUCAUACACAAAAGACUUAACUACAUCGACCACAUUUCACAAUGGCCUCAGACAAGAAAAUCGUCCUAGUCACAGGCGCCAACACGGGUCUCGGUUACGAAAUAAUCAAAGCCCUGUACCAAACAGACAUCCCCUACGAAAUCAUCGUCGGCUGCCGCACCGUCUCCAAAGGCGAAGCCGCCAUCGCCAAACUCCGCGCAGAAACCACAUCCCCCUCCCCUUCCUCCCUCACCACCCUCCAAGUCGACCUCAACUCCGACGCCUCCCUCGAAUCCGCCGUCGACACCCUAACAUCCACCUACGGCCGUCUAGACAUCCUCAUCCACAACGGCGGCGGCAGCUUCGACACCGAAGUCCGCGCCGGCCGCAUGACUCUCCGCGACGGCUUCAACGCCACCUGGGACACCAACGUCUCGGGCACACACGUGCUAACCACGCUCUCCGUGCCGCUCCUCCUCAAAAGCUCCGACCCGCGUCUCCUCUUCGUAACCAGCGGCACGAGCUCCAUGGCCGAAACGGAGGCGCAGAAUAAACGCCCGAGUCUGCAGCGCUUGAACGACCCCCCGCCGGCGGGAUGGCCCAAGCCGCAGACGGGAAUGGCGCUGACUAUGUAUCGCGCUGUGAAGACGGGGUUGAAUAUGCUGAUGCGCGAUUGGACGCGACAGCUGAAGAAUGAUGGCGUUAAGGUUUGGUGUAUUUCCCCUGGGUUCCUGGCGACGGGGUUGGCGGGCGUGGGGGCGGAGAAGUUGAGGGAGAUGGGUGCUAUGGAUCCGGCGCUAGGCGGACAGUUCGUUAGGGACGUUGUGGCUGGACAGCGGGAUCAGGAUGUUGGGAAGGUUAUUCGGGCUACGGAGAUACAGCCUUGGUAGGCGUGGGUGUGAUUAGCGUGAGGGAGAUGGGGAGAUAGGGGUAGAUAUUGUAUAAGUAGAAUUAAAUGUUUUUUUGUUGA